GUUUUUAUUUAUUCAUUAUUUGUUUAUUUAUUUUCAAUUCUCAUUAACACAAAAGAUUGAAGAUAUUUCUUCUAUUUCGAAAAUGCCUCGUCCACUAAGUGAUUCUUGGCAAUACUUUGAAUUAUUACCUCCAGAUAAUGGUAGAAGUAGAAAGGCGCGGUGUACCUUUUGUGGACACGAACAAGCUGCUGGAAUAACUAGGCUCCAUCAACAUUUAUUGUAUCGUUGUUCUAGAAUACCUGCUGAUAUUCGUGAUCAGCUGCGACAAAAACAAGAGGAUAGGAAUCGAGACGCGAGUCCUCCUCACAAUUCUCAUAAUAACAACAACAACGGCAGAAAUGAUAUAUCCCUUCCAUCGCGGCAAGAAAAUCGCCAUGUUCAAUUUCAACCUUCGCAAACUGUUCAAUAUCAUUUUGAUCCCACACUUCAAAAUACCCUCAGUAGCAGCAACACGUCGGCUAUUAUUGCCAAUAGCAGCAGCAACAGCAACAGUAGUAAGAACCAUCAUCACUUGAGCACGAAUAGCGCAGAUCAUACUACAGCAACAACUAGCAUUUCUCCCUAUUACGAAGCUGCGCUCACCGGAACGCCUGCUACUGCGUCCCAAAACAAUAACUUUUCUACAACAACGACAUCUUUUGCAUUCUCUCCUAGCCCAGCAACGCCUCAGCAGGCACUUGAACAACCGCGGAUUUUGCAGCAGCAACAUUCAGUAUUAUCCUCUUCCUCCACAUCUCAGGCACAAACACCGCAAGAUGAGAAUUCACAAGCUCUCUUAGAUUGGCAUCUGGCUCGUGCUCUAUUUUCAGCCAACAUACCAUUCGAAGCUGUAGAAAAUCCAUACGUGAUUGACUUUCUGCGGCAUCUGCAACCAAAUUAUGUUGUGCCCAGAGGUAAACGGUUAAAGCAAUAUUUGUUGAAAGAGCAGCAUUGGGAUCUUAUUAGUUGGGAAGAAGCUACUGCAGCAGCGACAGUUACUAGAAGUGUAAAUGACAUUCAUGCUAGUGAUAGCAGUCGUAGCGGCAGCAACAACUUUACAGCACGGUUUCCUUCGUCCAAUGAUUGGGGAUCCCCAGUACUAAACCAAGCACCACGGCAGGGUAGUUCAGCAUCUUCUCCUAUGGGAAGGAUUAUGAUGACCAAUGCAAAUUCGACGUCUAACCCGACUAUGGACGAUCGUAUUCUUUCAUCUAUGCAUCCUACGACUAGCAUUAAAAAUCAACAAAUGACAUCGGCUUUGUCAACAAGUUGAUCCGCAACCCCUUUCCCCUCCUUUUCUUUGACUCAGAGUGAAGGUAUAGGCAUAAUCAACAUGUCUUUUCACAAGAAUCUUAUCGGAUAUGUACAAUAUAGAUGUUCCCUUCUAACUAUAUUUGAUAGAUUAAGCACAUGCUCCUCUAAUGUAUAUAGAUGUAUAUUCAUACAACGUACCCACAAUAAAUGACAUGCUUGUGAGAAGGGGCUAACACACUUUUAGACAUACCUCAAAUUAUCAAUUUAAUUUUUUAUCAGAUUUUCCCAGCAAAAUCCGUCUUUUUAUCCAAAAAAAAAAG